GUGCUGGCCUUUCGGCGCUGAUGAUGUCAGACACUGUGCGCCGGGAACUGUCAGCUCUGCGCUGCUGAAGCUUCCGCGACAGGAAUAUAUAACAGCAGCCCGUUAUACCUCUAAUAAACAACAGAGGAAGCGCAAACAUGGACAGCGAUGAUGACAAUAUGGAAGAAGUGGUGGAAGGACCACUGGAUGAGGAUGACCAGCCUCAUGGUUUCUGUACUGUGACCUACUCCUCCAGUGACCGAUUUGAGGGACAUUUUGUUCAUGGGGAGAAAAAUGGAAAAGGAAAAUUCUUCUUCUUUGAUGGCAGUACGCUGGAGGGUUUCUAUGUGGACGAUGCUUUGCAUGGCCAGGGCAUUUAUACUUACGAGGAUGGAGGAGCAUUACAUGGGACUUAUGUAGACGGCGAGCUCAAUGGACCUGCUCAAGAGUUCAAUCAAGAUGGUCAACCGGUCUUUAGGGGCCAGUACAAGGACAACAUUCGCUGUGGCAUGUGCUGGGUCUACUACCCGGAUGGCGCCUGCGUGGUGGGAGAAGUGAAUGAAGACGGAGAGAUGACAGGAAAGGCAGUGUCUUAUGUUUACCCUGAUGGGCGUACAGCUCUGUAUGGUUCCUUUGUUGAUGGAGAACUGAUUGAGGCCCGACUUGCCACUCUUACCACCCAAGAGAAUGGCAGACCACACUUCACAGUUGAUCCAGACAGUCCUGUUUACUGCUACGAUAAAUCCACCUCGUCAUGCAUCGGCAGUCAUAAACUGUUGCCUGACCCCUACGAAAGUCAACGUGUGUAUGUGGGACAUUCACUUAUUUCCGGAGCUGGAGAAGGGCUAUUUGCAAAAACGGGGGCUGAGGCUAACACAGUGAUGGCUUUUUAUAAUGGUGUCCGCAUUACACAUACAGAGGUGGACAGUCGUGACUGGUCCCUGAAUGGGAACACUAUUUCAUUGGAUGAAGACACUGUGAUUGAUGUUCCGGAACCUUUCAAUCUGACUGAGAAUUAUUGUGCAUCUCUAGGCCACAAGGCCAAUCACUCCUUCACUCCAAAUUGCAAAUAUGACCCGUAUGUCCAUCCUCGUUUUGGACAAAUAAAAUGCAUCCGAACAAUCCGUGCUGUGGAGAAGGAUGAAGAACUCACUGUUGCUUAUGGUUAUGACCAUGAGCCAUCAGGGAAGUCUGGUCCAGAGGCACCAGAAUGGUAUACAAAGCAAUUGCUGGAGUUUCAGCAGAGGGUGUCAGGAAAAGGGGCUGACGAGACCUUCUAAGACCCUUCUCACCAUCGCUGUGCUGAGAAAAACAUUAUCUCCUAUCCCAGCCUUUAACUACCACCAGAAACUCUAACUCUGUCCUUUGACUAUCUUGCAGCUAACAAUUACAAAUAAUCACACUUCUGAACUGAUUUCUGGCAUCCUCAUCCAUUUACAAGUAUUUUAACUGUGAAAUCCUUGCUCAGAUCACUGAGCAAGCUACAAAAUUCUAUGGUUCUACAAUGUGGAAGGAUCUAGUAUGUGUGUCAGUUUGUGACUGGGUUGGUUGGUUACAAGAAUACUAAGAUUGAAUAAGAGUAAGUGAUUUAAAAGGCAUUUUGACUGAAACCCAUGAAGCGGAGUGGAAUUGGAAAGUUUUAAAGACUAUUGUAUCUAUUCCUUGAGAUAUUCAGCCUCUUUACCAGAACUUGUUAACCAUGCAGUAUUAAACUAGUAUAGUGUCUUUUGCUGCUCUGCUUAUGUUUCCCCCAAAGAAAAUAUAAAUGUGUUGUUAUUACCAUAUGUACUAUUCUUGUAAACAGAUUUGUUGUAUCUUCAUUAGCUUGUACGACCAGCUACAGUUAAGUUUAAAUAGUCUCUAGUUGUCUUGAAGUACAGUAUUAUACCGGCAAGGUCAUUUAUUUAUUUAUUUGUGAUAUUUUUGUGUGUUUUUUUUUUUUACACACCAAGUGUACAAUGAAAAAUCUACACCGCAAACAGAAGGUUUAUGUAAAGUGUACUUUAUGUGUUGGAAAAAGACUGAACAGAGAGUGUAUCUGAGACUAAGGCACAAGGUUAAGACAAAUCUUUCUACUGAAAUGUACUUCAGCUUUUGAUAGGCGAAAGCUAUCAACAAAGAUUUAUCAAUAAAACUCCAGCAUAGAACACAA